AUGGUGCAAGACACUCCCAUCAGUUUCAUCAUCAUUGGCGCCGGCUACGCGGGUCUGACCUCCGCUAUCGAGUUAAGACGAAAAGGAUGUGAGGUUCACGUGAUAGACAGGGAGGAGUCCCUGUCAAGACUCGGUGAUGUGAUCAUGCUCACUGCCAAUGCUACUGUUGUUCUGGAGAAAUGGGGCCCGGUGAUCGAAGACAUCCUCGCAACCUCAUCCAACCCGACACACAUCACCAUCAACGACGACAAAGGUCAGCCCCUUCUUAUUCAGCCCUGGAAGCAGAACCACAAUGGUCACCAGAACGUCUGGACCAAUCGCGGCCGUACGCAAAAAAUGAUGUACGAAGAAGCCGUCCGGAGAGGUGUCAAGUUCACUUUUGGGGCCAAAAUCACAAAGCACUGGGAGGACGGAAACAAAGCUGGAGUAUAUCUGAACGACGAACUGCUCACCGCGGACGCAGUCAUCGGAGCAGAUGGAGUCUACAGCCGAACUCGUGAGUAUGUGACAGGAGACGCUGACAAACCCAAGCGCAGCGGAUUCGCCGUCUAUCGCUCAUGGUUUUCGCUCGAUCGUCUCUUGGACGAUCCGUUGACCCACGAGCUUGCGAGCUCAGGACAAGACCGCACUAUGGUCUGGAUUGGGCCGGAUACCCAUGCCAUCCUUGUCAUAAACUCCCAAGUGCGAUACAUGUCAGCAUUCAUCACUCACCGCGACACGUACACCGUGGAAGAGUCAUGGAACUACCCAGGCACAGUCAAGGACAUGUUGGCGACCAUUGAGGGCUGGGACCCCGUUCUGCGAGCCGCAAUCUCAAGGAUACCAGAGGAAGUGAUAUGUGACUACAAGUUGCUGUGGAGAGACCCCGUGAAGAAGUGGGUCUCCGACAGAGGUCGUGUGGUUCUGGUUGGAGACGCUGCCCACCCUCAUCUCCCAACCUCUGGAUCGGGUGCUGCCCAAGCGAUCGAAGACGGAGGUACCCUGGCUACCCUUGUUGAGAAGGCUGGCAAAGCAAAUCUCCCGCUCGCAUUGAAAGCAUUUGAAAGGCUCCGGUUUGAGAGAUGCAGCUUGACACAACGUAUGGGAUGGGAGCUUCGGCACCGAUGGCACCAGACGGACUGGGAACAUGUCAAGAAGAACCCGGAAUUUCUUCGACUCCCGCAGCCGGACUGGCUGUAUGGAGCAGAUGCGGAAGAGUAUGGGCAGGCAAACUACGAGGCUGUGAUGGCGCACCUUCUGGAUGGAAAGCCUUUCCAGAACACUAACCUGCCACCAGGCCACACCCAUCAAGACUGGACCAUCGAGACCAUGAUGGAAUUAGAUAAGCAGAUUGGAAACCAACGCAUGUACCUGGUGCACUAG